CUAAAACCUACUCAUUUCUCAUUCCUUUGUUACUUCUUACAAUACUUUGGGUGCUUUUUAUCUCUUACUCCCAUGGCUUCCUACCCAAAAUUUGGGUGCUUUUUAUUUCUUCUUAUAAUCUCCUUAUCUUCUAUCCAAACCCAUGCCAGAGGUAGCCAAUUCUUUAGCAAGUUCACUCGUAACGGCGACACCGCCACCACCACAACCACCCCAAACACCGAUUACAAUCCUAACAACAACGAAAAAGAAUUUGUUCACUUAAAAAAACAACAAUCCGAAGAACAACCCGUUUUCAUCCCUCAAACUACCGAAACCGGUUAUGGCCUAUAUGGGCAUGAAACCGGGUUGGACCCACCUUCCACCUCCACCACAUUGUACAACAUGGAUGAUAUUAACAACAACAACAACAACAAUGAAAAUUUCAACACCAACAACAACAAUGAAUAUCAUGAGAAGAAUUAUGCCACCGAGUUGCAAGGAUUAUCUAGUACUUCCUACACCAACAACAACAACAACAAUUAUGAAAACAACAACAACAACAACUACGAAAAUUACAACAACAACAACUAUGAAAAUUACAACAACAACAACAACAAUGGUGAAGGUAAGUUUCAUGGUGGUGCAGGGUAUAAUGAUGUACAAGAGAAGCAGGGAAUGAGUGACACUAGGUUCAUGUAUAAUGGAAAGUAUUUCUAUGAUCUUGAGGCUGAGAAGAAAAAUAAUUACAAUCCCAACAACAAUAAUUACAUGUCUUACUCCAACAAUUACAACAAUAAUUACAAUAAUAAUGGGUAUUAUGGAAACAAAAUGAACAAUUUUGAGGAGUUUUACAACAACAACAACAACCAAAAAUUCUACAAUGGAAAUGGGUACCAAAACCAAUUCCCAGAAGAGGAAGAGUUCGAUUUUGAUCAGCCUUAAGUACUUUCUAUUUAUUAAAAUGAUUUUCUAAUUUAGUUGUUUUUUAUUGGGAUUAUCAUGGAUAAUUAUAUUAAGUUAAAAGUUAAAUGUGUUUAUGGAUGGAUUAUAUACUUAAUUAAUUUCUCUUAAUGGUUUUAUGUGUACCAUGUUUUGUGGGUAUUUGCUUGAUUAGUUUCUUGCUAAAGCAAACGUACCCUUGGAAAGUGAAAGUGUUUGAUUUUAAAUAUUUUAAUACAUAAAUGUAAAUUGUUCAA